AUGACCAUGGGUGCACACGCUCCAAGUCCAAAGACAUACAUGGGAUGGUGGGGAUCUCUUGGUUCCCAGCCACAGAAGGGAAUCACCACCUACGCCGUUUCUCCAUACGCUCAGAGACCACUUAAGGGAGCUGCUCACAAUGCCAUCUUCAACGUGUUCAGAAGAGUCAAGAACCAGGCUUUGUUCAUUGCUCUUCCAGGUUUCAUCAUCUGGAACUGGUGGACAUGGGCCAGAGACUACAACGAGUACUUGUACACCAAGGCUGGUCGUGAGGAGUUGGAGAUUGUUAACGCUUGA